GCAUAUUAAAUGUUAUCACUUAGGUCUUCAUCUCAAUUAUAUUUUUAGAUUUUGAAACGAGCAUUAGAUUAACGACGGAUCAUAAUAAUAUUUUAAUGUAAGUUAAUUAUUAUUAGAUCUAAUUGUUUUCUGUAAAGUGACCGUUUGGUCUAUGGGUCACAACUCGAUCUAAUGACAAUAAUUGCAAAAUGGUUUGGGAGUCAAGAAAGUAAGAGGAAAGAAAGAGUAGCUUCGUGGAGAAGUGAGAAGAAGUGUUUCCAUAGCUUUCAUUUAUGAGAGAGAGGGUUGUGAGGGAAGUGAGAAGAAGUGUGAGAAUGGAUGAUAAACAUACUCACAUCCACACCUCUCCCCUUGCCUUCGCACUUACCGUCUCUUGCUUCUUCUGCAUCGCUUUGCCACAUUCUCACUCUCAACCAUCGCCACCGCCAUCGUCACCUCCACCGCCUUGUGCUGAGCCGUCAUACAUGUGCAGAAUAAACGUUUCCGGCAACUUGGAUCCUGUCUGGAAACAGAUUCCUCCCUCUCAGUGUAUCAGCUCUGACUCAUCACCCCAGCUCAGCUGCUCUGCUUCUUAUGAAUCUCAAAAUUUCACAGUGAAGAAGUUCAACAACUCCAUUCACACCAUGACGGUGGUGCCAGCACACACUGUCAACGAUGUUUGUUCUCCUGAUUUUUUUCACAUUUACGACAACUUGAAGAACAGUCUGUUAAAGCAUUAUGAGUCAACGCGAAACGUCAUAGUAUUCUUCGAUGGUUGUCCUCUCGACAUCCCAAAUUUCCCUUCAGAACGCAAAUUUAAAUGCGGGGAUGCUGUGUACUAUUUUAGGGGGCGGGAUGAGACGUACGUACACACAUCGCUUGAGUAUUGCAAGAAAAGUUUGUUGGUGCCCAUUGCCGCUCCUCUCGGUGAUUACGAUAAUAAAGAUGGUGGAGCUGAAGUUCUGAAAGAAGCUUUGAGGGAUGGGUUUCAGAUCUCCUAUAGUCCUCCUCAACGUUGCAGAAGAUGCACUGAAAUUAACGGAAAUUGCUGGAGCGGUGGUUAUGGUUAUAAUGGAGAUGUAGUUUCAUGCAACUACUAUUGCCCAAAUCAAUACUGUUCUCCCAAAAGCAAAAGUAAUGGAAAUUGGGACCAAAAGAGGAAAUUCAUUAUUUUAGGUGUUACAGGUUCAGCAAUUGCAGCGGUGUUGAUAUUAUUUUCAAUUCUGUGCGUAAGAUACACGUCACCAACCUGGCAAGCAAAUUUUGGGUUGGCUUCAAAAAGUAAUCAAAAUAUCGAAGCAUUCCUUAGAAUUCAUGGCCCUCUAGCUCUGAAAAGAUAUAAACUAUCAGAUGUUAAGAAAAUGACCAACAACUUCAGAGUAAAGCUGGGACAAGGUGGUUUUGGUGCAGUAUACAAGGGCAAGUUAUCCAAUGGUAGUGUUGUGGCNGUAAAGAUGUUGAGUACAUCCAAAAAGAAUGGUGAAGAAUUUGUGAAUGAGGUUGCUAGCAUCAGUCGAACUUCUCAUGUUAACGUUGUCUCUCUUCUUGGAUUUUGUUUGAAAGGUCACAAGAGAGCUCUCAUCUAUGAAUUCAUGUCCAAUGGUUCCCUUGACAAAUUCAUUUACAGAACAAGAGAUGAAACCCUUUCUGCCUUGAGUUGGGAUAUUAUGUAUCAAAUUGCAAGGGACAUAGCUCGAGGCUUAGAAUACUUGCAUAAGGGAUGCAACACUCGAAUUUUUCACUUUGACAUAAAACCACAUAACAUUCUUCUGGAUGACAACUUCUGUGCAAAGAUAUCUGAUUUUGGGUUGGCAAAACUGUGUCCUAGGAAUGAAAGUAUCGUUUCCUUGUCAGAUGCUAGAGGAACAAUGGGGUAUGUAGCUCCAGAGAUGUGGAGCAGAAAUCUUGGAAGAGUUUCGCAUAAGUCUGAUGUUUAUAGUUAUGGAAUGAUGCUGCUAGAGAUGGUUGGAGGAAGGAAGAACAUUAAUGCCGAAGCAAGUCAUACAAGUGAGAUAUACUUCCCACACUGGGCAUACAAUAAGCUUGAGUUGGAGAAUGAUUUGAGACCAGAUAUGGAGAUGACAGCAGAAGAAAAUGAGAUUGUAAAGAGGUUGGCGAUGGUGGGUUUAUGGUGUACUCAAACGUUUCCUAAUGAUAGACCUACAAUGAGCGAAGUGAUAGAUAUGUUGGAAGGCAACAUGGAUUCCAUACAAAUCCCACCCAAACCUUUGCUUUCUUCUCCGACUAGAUCAGUACCAGAGUAUUCCAUAUCCUGAAAUUAAGUAAACUUUAUAUUUGAUAAAUUUUUCGUCUUGUACUUUAAAAUGAAUCGUUCUAUAUUG